GUCCAAAAGCAGAGACGGUGAUAGAGUUCUCUCUUUCCUUCAUUCCAUUUUCCACACACACGGAGAGACUGUUGGGGUGGUGUUUUGAUGGGUAAUUACAGGUUCAAGUUAUCAGAUAUGAUGCCCAAUGCCUGGUUUUACAAGCUCAAGGAGAUGGGCAGAGUCAGAAACCACAGCAACAGCAGCAGCAGCCCUCCCAAGAAGAAGAAAAAACAGCCAACAUCAGCCUCAACGCAGCCAUCCAAUUCCAAACCAAAGCAACCCCACCAAUGUCAUCCAAGAAAAUCCUACUACUUCACAAGGGAGAUUAUCCCUUCCCCAAACCCACAUCCCUCAGACAACCUUUCCCCUGACCCACCAAAAAAACCCUCCAAACAGAGACUCAAGAAAAGAACCGCAACCUCCUCUGUUUCUGCCGGUUUUAGCUGCCGACCCACGUUUGACUCUGUCUGGACCAAAUCAGAUUCCCCACCAGACUACUCACCAUCAUCAUCAUCAUCUUCUUCUUCUCCUUUGGAUACCUCGCCGGAGCCUGAAUUCCGGUCCGACCGUAUUCUUGCCACUGAAUCUUUUGAUGGAAUGCUUUGUGGCUGCAAAGCCAAGACCAUUAAUGCUGAUGACAUUGUUAUCAACGUGGAUAACAAGUCUUUUCCUUUUAAGGUUGAUAAGCUUGAUGGGUUUGAUUCCUUAUCCGAGCUUGAACUUCCUCCUAUUAUAACCAAGCCCGCCAUGGAAAAGAAACAAACAAAAGAACCAACAAAGUAUAGGAGAAGCUCCGCUAAAUUCGAAGAAACAAAUUCUCGUGCGUCUCUAUCAGUCAGAAUUGCUGGGAGAGAGCAGAAGACUAGUCCUGUAAGGAGAUUUUCCGUGAGUUCUCCGGGAGUCCGGCUAAGAAUCAAUUCCCCGAGAAUUGCGAGCAGGAAGGCUCAGGGACAUGGUCGGAGAAGUGUGUCGUCAACUUCCCGGAGAAGCAUCUCCGAUAGCUUUGCGGUGGUGAAGUCGUCGUUUGAUCCUCAGAGGGAUUUCAGGGAGUCAAUGGUGGAGAUGAUUGUGGAGAACAACAUCAGGGCAUCAAAAGACCUUGAAGACCUUCUUGCCUGUUACCUCUCUUUGAAUUCUGAUGAAUACCAUGACCUCAUUAUCAAGGUGUUCAAGCAAAUCUGGUUUAAUCUUACUGACAUUAAAGUGAAGUAAUCUGUGUGUUUAGUUAGUCAUUUUGUUACUUAUUUAGUACAUAUUCAAAUAAAACUUUUAGUUCUUAGUUGAGUAUU